AUGUAUAAGAAGGAAGACAUACCAAUUGCGGUCGAAGAACGUCCACAAACAAUUUUAACAGCAGAAGAAGAACAACAGCUUGUAGAUUGGAUCUUGUAUAGCGAAGAGCGAGGAUUUCCAGUUACGCAGGAACAACUUUUGAAUAGUGUGAGGUGGCUUGUCUUAGAUUUAAAAAAAGAAACUCCUUUUACUAAAGAUAAACCUGGAAGACAUUGGUACAAGGCAUUUUAUCGUCGUCAUCCUGAGCUGAGUAAAAGAAAGCCACAAAAUCUUAGUUAUAGCAGAGCAUCUGUGACCGAAGAAGGACUGAGAAGUUGGUUCGCUGAAGUAAAGAAAUAUCUGGAAGACAAUAACUUGUUAAAUAUAGAUGAAAAUAGAAUAUUUAAUGGCGAUGAGUCAGGUUUUAAAUUAUUUCCUGAUACAGACAAAGUGAUAGUUCGUAAGGGACGUAAAACUGUACAUAAAGUUGUAGGAAGUAACGAUAAGGAGCAAAUCACAUCUUUGUUUUUGUAUAAUGCAGCUGGUGAUCAGGCACCGCCUUUAGUGCUUUUUAGUUAUCAGAGAAUGCCUGCAAAUAAACUUUCCAAAACUUUGCUGCUUCAAACUUUCCAAAAGGAUGGAGCAUAG